AGAGAGAGAGAGAGAGAGAGGAGUUCAAGAACCUGGAAUCUCCAAAUUUGUGAAGAGAAGUUGAAAAAAAUCCAAUAAACAUGGUUUUGAUUCGAGAUUUCAACUGACACACAAAAAAAGAGAGAGAGAGAUCAAAAAACGGAAAAAUUUCAAAAUUCCGAGUCGCCGGAGCUCUCUUCCUCGCUUCCUCCGUCAGAAUGUUGAGGGAUUUCAAGUUCUUGCGCCGGAAUUCGGGGAAGAACAACUCCGAGGACGCUGAGAACGUGCCCGUAAACCCUAGGGAUGCUCUGAACCCUCAGACGAGCGCAGAUCCCUCGAGGCCCCCUCUGAACACCAUCCAAGAACCCUCGCGUAUCCCGAGAGCCGUCUCGGAGCACGAAUUCGGCAGCUACAAGCGCAAAAGGGUCGACCGAACGCCGACUAAGCCGAAACCUAAGCAUCCGGACAUGCUGCGCACUCCCGAAAAACAGGGGUUAUUGUCUAGAAACAGGUUCAAUUGGGAUCAGAGGGGUGAUUAUGCAUCGGGUAAUAGUGGUCUGGAAUCGAGGGAAGGGGGAAGGGUUUUGUUUUCGAAUGUGGUGGAUUCUCCAAGUUCCACUAGGGCGGUUGCUAGGGCUAAUUUGAGUUAUUCGGAGUGUAACUCAACCCAAAGCACUCCGACUAAGAGCGUUAGCAAGCCCCCAAACCCGGGUUUUGCAUUGGCUAGCAGCUCUAGGACUGUGGCAAACACGGGGUCCCGAAUGGCCAACUAUGGCAUGUUGACAAGAGGGAUACCGAGUUCGUGUAACCUGCCCACUGUCGUUAACACUGUUGAGGUUCCUUAUUUCGAGCUCAAAGAAGAUCCAUCGUUUUGGAUGGAACACAAUGUGCAAGUUUUGAUUCGGAUACGGCCGUUGAACAACAUGGAGAAGAGCAGUUUUGGUUAUAGUAGAUGCUUGAAGCAGGAGAGUGCCCAGAGCAUCACGUGGAUUGGGCAGCAACCUGAGACUCGAUUCAUGUUUGAUCAUGUUGCAUGUGAAACUAUCGAUCAGGAGACACUUUUUAGGAUGGUUGGCUUACCCAUGGUGGAGAAUUGCUUGUCUGGGUACAAUAGCUGCAUGUUUGCGUACGGGCAGCUUAUGGACUUCAUUUCUGUAGUUCUGUUUUGGCCAUUACUAUGGGUCUUCUGUUCUGGUUUACCAUCUGAGAAUUUGACUAUGCAGACUGGUAGUGGCAAGACAUAUACAAUGCUUGGUGAGAUGGACGAAUUAGAAGUCAGGCCUAGUCCACACCGUGGGAUGACUCCUAGGAUAUUUGAAUUCUUAUUUGCAAGAAUUAGAGCGGAAGAGGAAAGCCGAAGAGAUGAACGGUUGAAAUACAACUGCAAAUGCUCUUUCCUUGAGAUCUAUAAUGAGCAAAUAACUGAUCUUCUUGAUCCUUCAUCCACAAAUCUUAUGUUACGUGAGGAUAUGCAAAAGGGCGUCUAUGUUGAGAAUCUCUCGGAAUUUGAAGUCCACACUGUAGGAGACAUCCUCCAGCUUUUGUCUCAGGGAUCUUCGAACAGAAAAGUGGCAGCUACUAAUAUGAAUAGAGAAAGCAGCCGUUCGCACAGCGUUUUUACAUGUGUGAUCGAAAGUAGGUGGGAAAAGGAUUCGACCACUAACUUUCGGUUUGCAAGGCUGAACCUUGUUGACCUUGCUGGUUCUGAGAGGCAAAAGUCUUCUGGUGCUGAGGGUGAACGCCUUAAAGAAGCUGCAAAUAUUAAUAAAUCAUUAUCAACACUAGGUCAUGUAAUUAUGGUCUUAGUAGAUGUAGCAAAUGGAAAACCGAGACACAUUCCCUACAGAGAUUCAAGAUUGACGUUUCUUCUUCAGGACUCUCUCGGAGGGAACUCAAAAACAAUGAUAAUAGCUAAUGUCAGCCCAUCUCUCUGCUCUGCGGCUGAAACAUAUAACACUUUAAAGUUUGCACAACGUGCAAAACUGAUUCAGAACAACGCUGUCAUAAAUGAAGACUCAUCUGGGGAUGUCGUCGCAUUAAAACGGCAGAUACAGUUAUUAAAGGAAGAGCUAUCUGCCCUCAAGCGUGAAAAGGUUUCUCGGUCAUUGUCAUUUGGACCUGCCACAGAUACAAGAAGCAAAGAUGACGAUGAUGAUUGUAAUGAAAGGUCACCAGCACAAGAAACUCAUGGAGUUCUCCGAGUGUCUUGUAAACAGGUAAAGUGUGCUGCCUUCAACAUUGUUUAUUUUCUUGUGACAGCAUUUAUACAGUUAAAAUCCUUGGAAACUACCCUUGCUGGAGCUUUACGAAGAGAACAAAUGGCAGAUGCCACAGUUCAACAGCUUCAAGCUGAAAUUCAACAGUUGAACCGCCUGGUUACUCAAAGGGAGGAGGACACGAGGUGCACGAAAAUGAUGUUGAAGUUCAGAGAAGAUAAAAUUCAAAGAAUGGAGUCUGUACUUGGGAAGUUGAUAUCGACAGAUGACUAUUUAGUGAAAGAAAACCAUGCACUUCAGGAAGAAAUUCAGGUUUUGAGAGAGAGAAUGGACAAAAAUCCUGAAGUGACACGUUUUGCACUUGAAAAUAUCAGGCUCUUAGAUCAAGUUCGGCAAUUUCAGGAUUUAUAUGAAGAAGGGGAGAGGGAAAUGUUGAUGACUGAAGUAUCUGAACUGCGAAAUCAGCUUAUUUCCUCCCUUGAUGGAAAUUUAAAGCAUCCUAAUCUUCUCGAUAUGAAGGCUCCUAAAGGCGAUGAAAGUGAAAAAGAUUUACUUCAUAAGGAGUUGAAUAAAACUCUCUUUGAGCUGGAGGACAGCAAGGAGAAGCUGAACUCUUGUCUUGAAGAAAAUGCUAAGCUCCGACGAGAACUAGAAGAGUUGCAAGCAUCAGUAAGUGUCACCUCGUCUGCCGUGCAAGGGCAUGAUUACAGUGCAGAAGUCAUAAAGGAAUCCAUAGUGGAAGUUCCAACCAUCAGUAAUCAGGCAAUGAUGACAGCCCAGAGAGAGAAGGAAGGAACAAAACCAAAUCUUGUUAAUGCAGAAGAUAUAAUGAAUUUACAACUGGAGCUGGACAUUGUUAAAAUUAUUCUACAUGAACAGAGGUCGUCUCACACUGAAACCGAGGCAAUUGCAAAAUCUUUAAACGAAGAACUUCAUUUGGCGAAAGAAAUGGUUAUUUCUGUAUCCAAAGACUACGAACGAGUUCAAGAAGAGCUUACGAAUGCUAAACUUGUUAUUGAAGCACUGGAGUCCCAACAACUGCAGUCGAUCAAUGAGAUUGAGGAUAUCAAGAGCUCCAAUGUCUUCCUUGAAGAAUUGUUAAAAGAAAAGGAGCUCGAAAUUUCUAACCUAAAGGGGAUAGCUCAAUCUCAAGAUUCCAGAGACAUUUCAAUGUAUAAUAAGCAUGCGGAGUGUGAUGAUUCACCUUUAGAAGCAAAGUUAAAGAAAAUGCAUCAAUCACUAGAGAAGGCUAGGAAACUGAAUGAGUUAUAUAAAAAUGAUCUCGCGUAUCAAGCAACUCACGAGAACGAAGCAGAGGAAGUUCGUAAGCAGGUUGAGGCCGAGACAGCAGAAGUGAUUGUUUGUCUGCAAGAAGAGCUUUCUGGCCUUCAGCAAGAAGUUUAUGAUAGCAAGACGAAAGAGAUGGAGGCGAUGGAGAGCUUAAAGUUGUUGCAAGCGCAAAUGAAAAUCAUGGAGAAUGAUUUACUAUUAAAGAAUGAAGAUAAUGUAAAAUUGUCCAAGCAAUUGGAAAAGAUGAGGUCCGAGUGGGAUUUGAUUGCCUCAGAAAUUGAAGAUACUCUGUCUGAUGGAAACGUGGCUCUUGCAGAUGCAUCAGAAGAGAUUGGCGUUAUCUCGAGUUCCAUCCCUUUUAAAAGGAGUAUAAUUUCUGAGCAAUUUGGGAGGAUCAGAAAAUAUAUUUAUGAAAAGGAGUUGUCUAUUGAAGAGCUUAAUCAGUGCUUGAAGGAUGCAUUAGAAAGGAGAGAUGACAUGGAGUGCAUGCUGAGGUCUUUGAGAGGGGCAGCUUUGGUUAUGACUGAAACUCAUCAACAGGAGUGCAGUGAAAAGGAUAGAGAGAUUCUUCAUUUGACCUCCAAUUUAAAUAGUAUGAAAGCAACUGUUGACGAGCUCAGGAGAUUAGUGGAGCAUGGAAAAUAUCAGCUGAAAACUGCAUCUUCUUGUGCAACGGCUGCUUUUGUGAUUGUGAACAGAUUGUCGGAGUUGAACUCCAACUAUAGGGAUGCUUUGAAUUACAAGGAUGCGCAGAUGGGAGACGGUAUUGAUAUUUCAGAAACUAGGGGAAAACUGAAGGAGCUAAAUUCCGGAGUUUCGGUGCUAAGGGCAUGCGUAAAUGAAUAUAAAUCAAGGACAGGUACACGAAUAGAGGAAGAUGAUGCGGGCUCGUGUGAUAUUGGCGGCGGCAAUUUGAAGCCUGCAAGAACUGUGGAGAGUGUGAAUGGUGGAGAUAGUGCCGUUGUUCUCUUGAAGAAAGAGAUAGAAUGUUCACUCAAAAGUUUACAAGUAGUGCAAGCCGAGAUGGACAGGCUGUGUUGUGAGAAAGAAGAGAUUUUGGCAUCUGAAAAAUGUGGUCAGAAGAGCAUUGAGUCAAUGGUCGCUCAAGUAGUUAUUCUUGGAGAUGCUAUAGAAAAUUUCAGAGAUGAGGUUGAGGUCAAAAUCAAUGAUAUGGAGAGUAAGUUAGGGAAUUUGGAAGAAAUAAUACAGGAGUCUUUCACUUCCUGGUUCCAGCAAAGAGAGUUACUGGAAGAUGAACUUGAUGAUGCAAAAGUUAUUGCUGCCCAGAAAACCAUUGAAGCUUCCUGUAUUCUCGAGAAAUUCGAGGAGGUUCAAGAUACAGUGAAGGAAGCAGACAUCAUGAUAAACGAGUUGAUGAUAGCUAACGAGGCCUUGAAGCUCAACACUCAUGAACUGAAGGUCAAUGAAAAUGAUCUCUUGAAAGAGGUUGAAAGUUUAAAACUCUCUAACUCUCUGAAAGACCAGAAGUGUGGAAACUUGGAAAAACAGUACAGUACGGAUUUUGACAUCAUGAAGACGAUGCUGUCAGAACUAGAGGAUGUUAUAACCGGAAUGAAAAACUCUUACUCAAAAGAAUGGAUGCCUGUAUCACGUGAUAUCCUCAACAUGAAAUCUCAAUUUCAUGAAUUUACAGUGUCAAUUAGGACAAUGCUCGAAGAUGUCUGGUCUGAUAUUAUUGUCAAGGACUGUGCCGUGUCCGUUUUGCAUUUAUGUCACAUGGGGAUUCUCUUGGAAACAGCAAAUGGUCUAAAUGCAGAAAAUGGUCUUCUUGAGCACGGCCUUUGCGAGUCAAACUCCAUUGUUUCUGAACUUCGGGAGCAUAAUUUGAAAGCAAGAAAAGAGCUUGAGUUGUGCAGGGAACUUAAGGGGAAGUUGCUGGUAGAUAUCAGGAAAGGCUUCGACCGCAUAUCGAGCAAAGUAGAUGAAAAUGGGGAGGUAACCCUUAAGCUUGCCUCCUUUGAGAAGAAAAUUCAAAAUCUACAGUUUCAAGAAGAGAUGAUGCUACAGAGGUCGAAUGAUAUGGGAUGUGAAUUGGCUGUGAUCAUGAAGGAGCUUGAUUUUUGUAAUAAAAACACGACAGAGUCUAUUAUGGUUCACGAAAGGUUACUGAAGGAGAAAGAUGAAUUGCUCCAGCAUCAGGAGGAGAGUUUCAUGCUGGAAUUACACGCAAAGGAGUUUGAGCUGUUGAUUUUGUGGACAGAAUCAAAGCAGUUGUCUGUCCAGAAAGCAGAUUUGGUGAAUGCUUGCAUCAGUGCUUGUGAUGUACUCGAAGAAUUAAAGAAGGAUAUAGUUUUCAAGAGCAUAGAAGCUGUUUCUGGUGAGUUGAUGUUGCUUGAAAAGGAAUCUGCUCUAGAAGGUUCGUCGAGUCACAUCUCUAAGCUUUAUGAGAAAAUCCAAAAGUUGCAGAACGAGCUGGAAUCGAAAAAUGAAGAACUCGGAAGGAUAAGCUGCCUUGAGAAGGAAAACGAGAAACUGCAUGAACUUGUCAUCGAGAACCAGACGCUGAGAAAUAAUGUUUUGAUGUCUGAGAAUUGCAUUGCUGAGUUAGAAGAAGACAUAAGACUAGCAAAGGUGGAAAUCCAAAACCACAAAGUAUCCCAGUGUAUUGUCAAAGAUGAAUUGUGCUCCAGGAUUGAAGAUUUAGAAAGAGAAAUUAGCAAUCUGAACACUUCGAAAGAAGAGAACAUUUUGUUGAGAAAUGAAGUAAGAGCUCUGGACGUGAAAUUAUUGAAGAAUGUUGAGUCGGCCAAAACUGCUGAUAAAGCAAUCUGCGAUACAGUUGAUUUUGCUCGGGAGAAAAUUGUUGAAGUGGAAUGUAAGUUUCAGAAUAUAGUUAAUGAAAUGGAUAGGGCGCAAAAUUUUCUGGAACAGAUUGAAUGUGUGGAGACUAUUGCUUUACAGUUAGAUUCUGAAACUUUGUAUCUUCAAAUGGAGUUGUUGAGAAAGGAUGAUAUUCUCAAGGGUCUAUUAUUUGACUUGAGUUUGCUGCAAGAAUCAGCUUCGAACAGUAAGGAUAAAAAAGAUGAGAUGGAAGAAGUGCUAGCUUCAUUAAGGGCAGUGGAAAAAGAUUUGGAGUUAACGUCGCACGAACUUCAAAAAGCUCUGGCUGAAGGUCAAGCACUUGAUGUUCAACUUCAUGAAAAGAUGGAAGCAAUAGUUUCUCUUGAAUUGGAUUUGAAUAAAAGUCAGGAAAUGGUAAAUUCACUAACCGACAGAAAUGCCAAUCUUUUAGAUGGUGUGAAAGAGGCCUUGGAAGCAAAAAAUUCCAUGGAGAAAGAGCUUCUUGAGACGAGGACCAACAUCAAGAAUUUAGAGAUGGAAGUUGGUGAAAUGGAAAUGGCCCUCGAUCAAAUGAGCAAAACAACUGAAUUAUUGAAGUGCAACUUGGCUUCUGCCACCUGCCAAAGGGAUGAGCUGGAAGACAGAGUUGAUAUUUUGACCAGAGAGCUUGAGAUGGCUAGGAACCUUGCUGGAGAAAAUGAGGCAAUUGCUGCUGAAGCUCAAGAGCUAGCUGAAAUGCAGAAAGCCCACGCUGAGGAAAAAGAAGAGGAAGUGAAGCUAUUAGAGCGUUCUAUUGAAGAGCUAGAGUGCACUGUAAACGUACUUGAACAAAAGGUUGACAUUGUCAAAGGAGAAGCCGAGAGGCAACGGUUGCAGAGGGAGGAACUUGAGCUGGAGCUUCUUGGCAUCAAAGAACAAAUGCAGAAUAUCAAAAGCAACGAUUCUGAUCUAAAAAGAUGUUUGGAUGAGAAGGAAAAAGAUCUUGCAGAAGCAUUGCAACGAGUACAACUUCUCGAAAGAGAAAUAGCUGCCAGGGAUGCCGAGAUAUCUCAAUGUAAUGAUCAUAUCUCUGAGCUCAACUUGCAUGCAGAGGCCCAAGCCAGCGAAUACAAGAAAAAGUUUAAGGCACUGGAAACUAUGGUAGAGCAACUAAAAUCCGAAACUGCCACUCAUAGCACUGCAUCACCAAAAAAAUUGGAGAAAAGUGUUUCGAAGCCCAGAGGCUCUGGAUCACCCUUUAAGUGCAUUGGUUUGGGCUUAGCCCAACAAAUUAAAUCAGAGAAAGAUGAGGAACUCACUGCUGGAAGACAACGGAUAGAAGAACUUGAAGUUCUGGCCGCAAGCAGACAGAAAGAGAUAUUAUUGCUCAAGGCAAGACUGGCUUCCACUGAAAGCAUGACGCAUGAUGUGAUCCGGGAUUUGCUAGGUGUAAAAAUGAAUAUGAAGAAUUAUGCUAAUAUAAUGGAUAAUCAGAAGCUUCAUUCACUAACUGCACCAACUCAACAAUAUAAUGUUGAAUCUGGAGUGAAGGAGCAAGAAUUGGCUAAUCUGAAGCAGCAGAUACAUGAGUUCGUUAAAGAAAGGAAUGGAUGGCUAGAAGAGAUUGAGAAGAAACAAGCUGAAAUGAUGGCUGCCCAUAUUGCGCUUGAAAAACUAAGACAGCAGGAACAACUGCUUUCAAGUGAAAAUGAGAUGUUGAAGAUGGAGAAUGCUAAUCACAAGAAGAAGGUGAUGGAUCUUGAAGUCGAGGAAGAAAACAAUUUAUUAAGGUCUCAAAAUGAAGACCUUAGCGUUAAGCUUCGGAAAACGGAGGCUGUUCUUUCGCGAGUAAAGGAAGAAUUGGCUCAGUACCGAAAGGCAAAUGGUAAAAAUCCCUAUAUCAAUUUUGAUGAGGAAGAACAGUUGGACAAGAAGUUAAAGGAAACUGAAGAGGAGAAACUGCGGUUGGCUCAAAAGUUACUAGGCUUAUGUACUACUGUACUAAAGGCUGCUGGAAUAACAAGACCAACAUCAGAGAUAAGUCUAUCUGUGGCUGAAGAUGCACUAAUGCAUCUGAAAAAUAGAGUAGUUUCUCUUGAAAUGGAACUUGAAGAUGUUAAACUCAAGAAUCGAAUAUCAGAUGAGAGAAUUAGAUUGUCUGAGCUAAGGCCACAAACCCCAACAGCAUCAAGUCCAUGGGCUCCGUUUCUUUCUGCAUUCGACAGAUGAGAGUCCAUGACUUAUGCUAAAAAAAGCUCACAAAAGAGUUAGCCUUUUGCUAGCGGCUUUGUAAAUAUUUUGUUAUUUCUUAAUGUUUGUAUCAUCAAUGUACAUUUUUUUUUAUUCACAUACAUGAAUAUAUAUAGUUGAUCAAGGGGUGUAUGAGUAUGUUGUAAAAAUACUUUUUUAACGGAAAGAGAGGUUCUAUUCAGUCUUAUUUCUUGUACACUUGAGUGAUUCAUUUUAUGUGCUAGUCUGUCAAAGUAAAACCCAGUUUUGGAUGACUGAGUAAUUUUAUUGACUAAUAAGUAAAAACAGAA